AUGGCGAAAGAAUGGGACUCCGGACAGCCGCAAGAUGGCAGCAUGGUGCAGGACGCCGCUGCGAUCAAUUUGCCCGGUAAAGGUAUGGGCAAAGGUCCCGUCAUGGACGGAAACGGGGUAAAGGCGAAAGCAAAGUCUCCACCACCGAUGGUGUCUGCCGACCUCUUUGGUGCAGAGGUUCGCUACCUCGUUCUUUCAGCUUUUUCUCGCGAGAUGGACGAAGACCCUGUCACGCCCUUCGAAUGGUCUAUCGCUGCUACAAUGUUGAAAGUGCCCACCUUCCACCAGUUACGCCGCACUGCUUUUGACGUUCUCCCAAUACUGCCGGUUUCUGCCAUGCUCACGGACGACGAGCUAGAUGAACACCAGCUCAGCCGAUCAAAACGGAAGGAUCCCCGUCAAACAAUUGCUGCAGUUCCUUCCAUCAGGCUGAUGCCAGGCUUAGCGCAUCCUGUGACUUUCAACGAAGAGCAGAUGCUUCGGCUGUUCGUUACGGAUCCAAGGAGCAUGGCCUACAACCUCUCCAGCACUCAGCGUAGCCGAGUGCCGCUUAGCGUUGAGCAGUGUGAAAUGGCGCACAGGAUCAUUCUCGAGCGGCACGAAGUUCUUCGAAGUGCUUUCAGCCUGGAAGAUCAUGGAAACCCAACUCGCAAGGUCAUGAAGGACCAUGUUGGAGGCUUCUAUGCAUUGGCUCUGCCCGAUGAAGGGACGGCCCAAGCUAUCGCUGGCAUGGAUUAUGCCACACCGCACAUGCUUGGAGUUUCUGCAAUUCGUUUGCUUUACUCUCCUUCGCGGGACAAUUUUCCCGCCAUGCAUGUCAAUAUGCACCACAUCCUGGCCGACAACGACGCUCUCCUAACCUUCUGGCAGGAGUCGUUCCAAGUGCAGGAGCUCUUAUACUACGGCUACACAAAAGAGGCGAUCAAGGAGAAGUUACCAAAAUUGCCUGUUCAGUUCACCGACUUUGCCUACUGGCAGAAGUCGCUCUUUUCACGAGGUCUUCUGAAGCCGGACUUAUCGUACUGGGGACGGCAGAUAGUGACGUCGCAGCCUCCUGCAGUUCUAGAUGUUCCCAUCGACAUUCCGCGACCGCGUGUGUGGGUGGCGGUUGGCGAUAGUGCCAAGAUUGACUUGGACCAGGAGUUAAUGUUGCCGGUCAUGGACUUGAACCCACGCAUCACCCCGUUUGCAAUUGUGAUCUGCAACUUUUCGUUAGCGCUGAUGCGCAUGGCAAACCAGCGCGUUGUUUACAUGGCCACAGCCUUUGCUUUGCGCAGCUUGCCCGCCGUGGCAAACCUCAUCGGCAACUUUCUCAACAUGCUGCCUAUUCGAGUUGCUUAUGAUCCCAGAGAGCCAUACUUGGACAUUGCAUCCCGCGUGGCGCAGUCCACCAUUAAUGUCCAGCGCUACAACCUAGCCCCCUUCAUACAGAUAGUCUCCGACACCCAACCACACUUUCCAACCGCAGAUCCAUCGAGGAAUCCGGUGUAUCAGUCCAUGGUUGACGUAGUUCCCCGAGACGACGAUAGUGACGAGGUUGGCCUCAAGGGAGUCCUCGAUGUGUUUCUUUUUGCGAACACCAGAAAUGGGCAAAUCUUCAGAUUGGACGGCGUCUUCAAUAACACG